AAAAUUCUAUGAAACGAACAAUAAUGGUAAUAACAGUACUUUGACAUGGAUGGAACUAUAUUUAGAAGAAUAUACAAGAGACCUCAUUGAACACAACUUACAUUUAUUAAUAUCGGAGACCUAAUUACAUAUUACACCGCGUCAACGGAACAGAAUCUCGUAUAUAUAUAUAAACAUAUGUAUAUAAUAACUUCUGAACUAUAUAUAUAAUAAUAGAAGGACAAAUAAGAAGGGUGAUCUAACUUCUUAUGGCGGAGGAAUAUUUUUAUGAGAGUUAUUCAACUUAGAAAACGCCCUUUUUACAAAGAAAUGCGCAGGCAAACAAAUAGCUUUUAUAUAAAUACUGUCAAUGUGUUUCAAAUGGAUUUCCAAGAGAAGAAGAAAAAUGGCUGACACUCUACAGAACCCAUUCUGAAAUAAUGGCAGAAAUCAACACCGAUGGAUAUGAAAAGAUUCUGGAACAAUGUGGGCAGUUUGGAUUCUACCAGAAACGAACCUAUUUCCUCAUAUGUGCAUUACAGGCUGUCUGUGUGUCGCUUUUAGCUUACUCCAGUUAUUCUUGUGACGGUAACGAACCUUGUCCGAUUUAUGCAGGUGGCGCAUCGGGGGCGACAACCCCAGCAAUGGCCGUACAUGUACUUCAGUCUACACAUUUCGACUAUGAAACCAAUAUGUCUGCUUAUAUAAAUAGUUCGAUGACUGCCUUUGAUACAACACAAAUAUCAACUCUGCAGCAAGUGUACAACGAGAAUUGUGUGAACAUUAUGGCUACUGAUGAUGGUUUGACGAUCGUACUACUCGGAGUAGCAGUCGGUGCUCUAAUUGGAGGGAUGCUGGCAGACAUUCUUGGCCGAAGACCUAUCAUGUUCAUCUCUAUGGCUCUGGCACUGAUCUUCCAAAUAUUAAUGGUUACAGUAAAAACAUGUCUCACCUUCGCCACGCUUCGAACACUGUGCGGAGUUUUCUCAGGUGGUUUUCUUGUAAUCAGCAUUGUGUUACCUCUGGAAGUUGUAGGUCGUCGAUGGAGAGAUUUCUGUGUCUGUUUGUGGAUUUGGGCUCUCGGAUUACCCAUCAUUUCAUUCGAGGCUGCCAUUGUGAACGGAUGGCGGAACAUUGCGCUCACCAGUGGCUUGGUAGGACUGCCCUUUCUAGGACUCUACUUUUUGGUUCCAGAAAGUUCUCGUUGGUUGACCAGUCUACAACAUUUUCAAAAAGCUGAAAACAGCAUCAAAGAAAUGAUAUCCUGUAAUACAAGAGCUGUACCGAAUGUUCUGGAAUUGUGUGAUGACACCCGUAUUUACGUGAUGAGUAUCUCCCACCCUCGUCGUCAUACUUAUCUGGAUCUCUUCCAUACAGUCACGGUGACCAAAUCUACAUCUGCCGUUUUAUACACGUGGUUUGUUGGUUGUUUUGUUUAUUGUAAUUUACUCCACAAAGUGGAAAGUCUCACCGGAGACCACCAUUUUGAUAUCUUCCUGCCGUUUGUCUUAGACAUGCCAAUCUGUAUGUCAGCCGUUAUCAUUAACAAAUGUAUAGGUAGACGAUGGUGUAUGUUCCUCUACGCUGUAUCAUCAGGUUUCAGCAUGUUCUGUGUGCUAAUUUUACAUAUGAUGGGCGAUCUCCAUAAAUAUCCUUACAUGAUGACUGCCCUGGCUGCCUUCAGCAAGAUGGGUGUGGCCACAGCACUGUCGCUAUUAACACUAAUCACUGUCGAAGCUUACCCAACCGUUAUUAGGUAAGUGACAACUGAUUUCAUCAUCGUUUUAUACAUCGACUAAAUGGCUUCGAUUUUUGGCACAAAGCGAGCAGUGUUUUGCGGGGAGGGGGCUAAUCGAUUAUAUCGAUUAUAUCGAUUAUAUCGCCCACAGUAUUUGACUGGUUCUUAUUUCAUCGUAUCCGAAAGGGAAAAACGGACGAAAUGCUUCUAAGCAAUUUUUCCGGCGUGCUAACAAUUCUGCCAGCUCACCGCCUU